UUUUGCCCUUGCUCUCUCAUCACAACAGAUCCUAUAUAUACUCUCUCUUGUACUUACACUCAUCAGCCGCACGCAUUCUCACUCACUCACUCUCCCUCCCCAUUUCUCUUUCUCUCUUUGAUCUCUCCAUCACACCAAGGAGAGAUGGCAGUAUCUGAUGGAGUCCAAACCCCAACCCCUCAGGUGGUUGGCAAUGCUUUUGUCGAGCAGUAUUACUCAAUUCUUCACCAAGACCCGGAUCAGGUUCAUAAGUUUUACCACGAAUCAAGUGUCUUGAGUCGACCUGAAGAAGACGGUACCAUGACAACUGUCACUACCACUGCUGAAAUUGAUAAAAAGAUACAAUCUUUUGAUUACACAAGCUAUAGGGUAGAGGUUCUGAGUGCUGAUGCUCAGCCUUCAUAUAAUAGUGGGGUUGUGGUUGUAGUGACUGGCUGCUUGACCGGAACUGACAAUGUUAAACGCAAAUUUGCUCAGUCCUUUUUCCUAGCUCCACAGGACAAGGGCUUCUAUGUUUUGAAUGAUGUUUUUAGAUAUGUUGAUGCGUAUAAGUCUGUUGAUAUUGAGACUGUACCAGCAAAUGAUGCUGAUGAAAGUGCUCCAUCAGAAGCUUUUACUCCAGAUCCUGAGCCUAUUCAUGUUGCUGAAGACAUUCCAACCAUUCAACCUGUUAUUGCUGAUACUGACACUAACAUCAGCAAAGAAGUGAGCUUACCACUGGAGAAUGGAAAAUUAUCAGUUACUGAAAAUGUGAUUCCUGUUAAUCAUGUUAAAGAGUCAAGUCAUCAGGAACAAAUGGCAAGCAUUGAGAAAGUUCCUUCAAAUACACAGGAGGAUACUCCCAAAAAAUCUUUUGCAUCCAUUGUGAGUGCCUAUAAAGAUAAUUCUGCUCCCUUCCUUUCGAGGACUUCUCCUGCAAAACCCGCUGUGCAACCACCCCGUGUACAUAGCGUGCCUGCUCCUGAAGCACCAGCCCCUAACAUGGACAUUCCAUCGGAAAAGAAUAAUGAGAAUGGAGGUAGGGCUCAUGCAAUAUUUGUUGCGAAUUUGCCUAUGACUGCAACAGUAGAGCAAUUGGACCGGGUUUUCAAGAAAUUCGGGACCAUUAAACGUGAUGGUAUUCAAGUUAGAAGUAACAAGCAACAGGGAUCUUGCUUUGGUUUUGUGGAAUUUGAAUCUGCUGCUUCACUGCAAAGUGCCCUAGAGGCCUCCCCUCCUGUUAUGUUGGACAACCGUAGGCUUUCCAUUGAAGAAAGGCGAGGACGUGGUGGAUACCGAAAUGACAGAAAUGAUAACUUCAGGGGCCGUGGCAACUUUGGUGGCGGCCGUGGUGGUGGCUUUAACGGAAGGAAUGAUUUUGACAGGCGAGGCGAGUUCUCUGGCCGGCCUAGAGGAGGCAAUAAUACCGGUCGAAGCAAUGGAGAUGCUGCGCCAAGGAGUUAUCAGAAUGGAGGAGGAAAAGUCGCUCGUCAACCGCCAGUGAAGGCUCAGUAAAGUGCUUCUUUUUGUCGGUAAUUGAGUGGCAACGAGAUUUUCUUAGUAGAUAGAGGGAGGCAUUAGGGAUUUUGGUUUGAAUUUGAAUUAGAGUCUUUUGCUUUGUAGUUUCUGUGAUAUUUUUUCGUCAGAGUUCUUUGGUUAAAUCAGGUUUUCUCCAUACUGACUUCUUUUUUCUUAAUCUCUUCCAAUUUUGUUUCCUACUGUAUCUAAUUUUUCUGGUAUGAUUGUUUUGGAAUUGGCCAGUUAUAUAUCAUUUUUGUUUAAA